AUGCAAUUCUCCUGGAUUUUGAUUACCUUUCUAUGUUUAUUUUUGGGUACUUUUGGAGAUGUUGAUUUGAAACUUUUAGUGGAUUCUUUACAGCCAGACCCCAAAUGUGUCUUCAAUCAUACCGAAGUCACCUCCCAAACUAUAAAAAGUUUCCCAAAAUGUGCUACAGUAUACGGUAUCAUUGUGAUAAAUUCCAACACAGAUUUAUCGAUGGCUCAGUUAAAAAAGUCUUUCAAAAAUAUGACAUCACUAGUUGGCGGAAUUAGUGUGGAGGGCUCCAACCAGACAAGCCUCUCGUUUUUGACACCAGACGCUGAAUACGACAUGUUCAGUUUUAUGUGUAAAUACUACGGCUUCAAAAUAGAAAACAACCCUUAUUUCACUGAUAUCAGCGUGCUCAAUAGUUUCGUAGAAUUUCCGGAUGAGAGCUUCAAUAACUGCAAUUUUAAAUUUUCAAAUAAUUCUGAAUUAGAUUUAGAAAAGUUUUGCGACGGAUAUCUCUUCAAUAAUUUGAUGAAUUUAGAGACAAAAGGAAACUUAAAGGAUUGUGGCUGCCAAGGAGACGUAUUAUCCCUGAAACAAUAUCAAAACUGCACUAGUAUCUAUAAAGGACUACAAUUAUAUAAUAUCAGUGACCUAUCUGAUAUAUUCUCUCUUUCUAACAUCCAAACCAUUCGGGGAUACAUCGACAUUCAAAACUCAAAUAUUCAAAAUCUAUCAUUUAUGCCAAAUCUCCAAUUUUUCAAAGUGUACGCCGAGAAGGAAGUGGUUUUCAAUCUACAAGACAACCCGCAGAUGACUAGACUCGACAUUCCUGUCUUGGAAGAAAUAGAGAAUUUGAACAUCCAGACAUUGGCAUUGACCACCGCUAAUUUUGAAAAUCUCCAUCCAGAUUUUUGUUUGAGUCACGAGGAAUUCAAGUUCCUAUCACUCUAUGUAAACUUUAUCAAUCUCCAUGCUAAAUUGUGUCCAAUGCCAAAAGAUGAUGCUCCGUGUGCUUUUGAGUCGAUGGAAAAGUUGCAUGACUAUUGUGAAAUAGUCUCUGGAAAUAUGAUAAUUGAAUCGGGGGAUGAGGAGUACACCUCAAAGUUGACUAGUCUGAAAUAUCUGUAUGGAACAUUAACUAUCAAAAAUACCGUGCUGGAGAAUUUCAGUUUUCUGUCCAAGCUUUCAUUCAUAGCUUAUUUAGAUGAUACUCAACCCGUAAUCCGAAUUCUUUCUAACAAAAACUUGACUAACCCAAAAAUUGGUUCCCGACUUAUUAACAUUUUUACAAAGAGUAUUGAAAAUCGUCAAGCUAUAAUUCAAGACAACCAUUCGGACAUUUUUCUCGCAACUAAUCAAACUUGCAACUUGUUUGGUAACACUACAGAUAACGCAAUAAUAUAUCGAAGGAGCCUCAAUUACACUGGAGGGGAUUGUGCAAGAGCAGUCAUCUCAACCACUCUUCAAACUCAAAUCAUGAAGUUUGCUCUCUGCUGUCUCGCCAUCAUCGGAUGUGCCAAUGCUCAAUUCAGUGCCACUGCCCAAGCUGCAAUCGUCAAAGCUCACAAUGACUUGAGAUCUGCUAUUGCGAAAGGAACUUAUGAUGCCGCUGGAACAAUUGAGCCACCAGCAGCUAACAUGCGCAAAAUGAAAUGGGACACCACCGUCGCUGCCUCUGCUCAAAAGUAUGCCAAUCUCUGCCCAGAUGACCACUCUGGAUACCCAGAUCUUGGAGAGAAUCUCUAUUGGUCAUGGUCCUCAUCAGCUCCAACUAGUCUUGAUAAAUUCGGAGUCGCUGCUUCCCAAUCCUGGGAGCAAGAAUUCCAAGACUAUGGAUGGUAUUCCACUACUUUGGACGAGGACACCUUCAACUCUGGAAUCGGACAUGCUACACAGAUGGCUUGGGCUGAAACUAAUCUGAUCGGUUGUGGAGUUAAAAACUGUGGAAGAGAUGCAUCGAGCUCUAACAUGUACAAGGUUGCAGUGGUCUGUCAAUACAAAUCUGCUGGAAACAUGAUUGACGGUGACAUCUAUCAACCAGGAGACACUUGCUCCUUCUGCUCAUCUGGAUUCACGUGUGAGACCGCUUCCGGAUUGUGUGCCUAA